UAGGUGUUCACCUCGCACUCGAACCGGGGAACGUGUUUCCGGCCACCAAAUCUUUACUGACAUUCUCGAAUAUUUGUGUUUAUUGUUAUUAUCAUUUGUUGAUGGCUUUAAAAAAAAUGUUUCUUUAUAAUCGCAUCGUUGUUCUUGGACUUACUUUGGUAAACCUCUCUGGAAUAGUGUGUAUUGGUGAGGAGGUUUUUAAUGAUGACAUACUACCCGGGGGAGAGCCCGAACCCACAGAUUUCCUCCUUGGGUUCUACAGACGUCUGCUCGGGGGAGGGUCACUCGAGAACGCGUCAGGCCACGGGAGAAGGACACUGGGUGUGGCGCUUUCUAACUCUGUGAGGAGCAUACACUCAAAAGAUGUGGUAUCAUGGGAUAGUCACCAGGAAAUACACUUCCGGAUCCCGAAACGAUCGCACACAGAGCAGUUCCACCAAGCGGAAAUUCGGAUAAAAACGAAGCAUCUGCAAUCCUUGAAGAAAGGGGUAGUACUGGAGAUACGAAAGAAUAUGAACAAGAUCAGGACGACUCUCUUUAGACAUAAACCCUUUAUUGACGGUCUGGACACCGUGUGGGAUGUGUCGUCAGCCAUUACGCCAUGGAUGAAUGGUUUUCACGGACAAUUUGACAUUACGUUUGCAUACGAGGUGCCAGGAACCGUGUCAACACUAAACAAUCGCUUAAACAUCCUUAAAGGGCUACGAGAAUAUAAUAAAAGCAAAUCAAUUCUAGUCUUGUUUUCAAAAGACACAGAUGUUAUGAAUGUAUUUUUUAAACAGGCUGGCUUAAGACCAACCAACAGUACAGAAAAUAAUUAUUCACGUGCCAAGCGCUCACGUCGUGAAACCAAAAAGUCAAACCGAACCAACAGGAAACGAAAAUUGUGUCAAGUUCGAGACUUUGAAGUUGACUUUAAUACAAUAGGGUGGGGUAAAUGGAUUGUGCAUCCGAAACAUUUUAACGCUAAAAUGUGUAAAGGAAUUUGUCCUUCUCCGAUCAAGGACAGCCUAUCACCUAGUAACCACGCGAUGCUUCAAGGGAUGAUGCGAGCGAACACUCGUGGGAAAAAAAGAAAGGUAUCCAUGCCGUGCUGUGUGCCCACUAAACUGAAACCACAGAGUAUGCUGUAUUACGAAGGAGAGGAACUUGUUGUCCGCCAUCACGAGGACAUGGUUGUAGAGGAGUGCGGUUGUCGCUAGUGGUGGCAAGAGAGUGUGGUUGUCGUUAGUUGUCAACAAGGAGAGCGGUUAUCGGUAGUGGUCGUCGAGGAUUGUGAUUGUCGGUAGUGAAUCGUGCGGUAUGUCAGUAACAGUUGAAGAGACGUGCGGUUGUCAGUGAUUGUCUAAGAGAAGUGCGGUUGUCAGUAACAGUCGUAGAGACGUGCGGUUUACGGUGAUUGGCUUAGAGACGUGCGGUUUUUAGUAACAGUCGUAGAGACGUGUGGUUGUCAGUAACAGUCGUAGAGAAGUGUGGUUGUCAGUAACAGUCGUAGAGACGUGCGGUUGUCAGUGAUUGUCUUAGAGACAUGUGGUUGUCAGUGAUUGUCUUAGAGACGUGCGGUUGUCAGUAACAGUCGUAGAGACGUGGUUGUCAGUGAUUGUCUUAGAGACGUGUGGUUUUCAGUGAUUGUCUUAGAGACGUGCGGUUGUCAGUGAUUGUCUUAGAGACGUGCGGUUGUCAGUAACAGUCGUAGAUAAGUGUGGUUGUCAGUAACAGUCGUAGAGACGUGUGGUUGUCAGUGAUUGUCUUAGAGACGUGUGGUUGUCAGUGAUUGUCUUAGAGACAGCUUAACACGGAACACAGCUUAACACGGAACAUACCUUAAUACGGAACACAGCUUAACACGGAACAUACCUUAACACGGAACACAGCUUAACACGGAACAAACCUUAACAUGGAACACACCUCAACACGGAACACACCUUAACACGGAACAUACUUCAAUACGGAAUAUAUUGUAACACGGAAACUAAGCAGCCAGCAGGCUGGUUCUGCCAUACCUUCAAUUCACAUGUAUUUAUAAUCGUUUUGAGCUGAAAGCUCUAAAUAUACUUUCGUGACCAGCAGGCUGAUUUACGAUACAUGAAUUUUCUCAAUUACU